AUGGGAGGACCUCCUCCAUUCGAGUUUCGUCUAGACCCGCCUUUGCUGUGGCCUUGGACAAGAACCUCCUGCCCCCCAGAGCCCCUGCCCCCCAGAGUUCCUGCCCCCCAGAGCCCCUGCCCCCCAGAGCCCCUGCCCCCCAGAAUCCCCACACUGAGCACCAAGAAGCUGCCCAAGGCACUGAGAGGUCAGCUGCGGAAUCCAGGUGCCAGCCCCCCAGUCCUGCCCCUCCCCCUCUGGCUCUCACGAGCGCCUCUGCACUGGGCAGCUCUCGUGGACGCCGGAAACAUUUGGCCCCGAUUCCGCGCAGCGGGCAAAUCUCCAAGGGCGUGUUCACAAGUCUUUGCCACCAGAAAGCCAGAACCCAGCGCCGGACUCUUCCUUCAAGAGAGAGAAAAUCAUAUUUAUUCCCCCUGUGCCAGGUUGAUUCUACAAAUAGUACCCAUGAUCUUCACCACAGUCCUGGGAGUGCAAGUCGCCCUGAGCCUCUCAGCUGCCUAAGUCAGCGGCCACGGACUCCUCGGCUCUCUGAUGGGCUCCGUCCCGGAUCUCCCACGUAGCCUGGUCGCCAUAUCUCAUCACUGUCAUCACUGACCCGACUGUUCUAGUAGCCCCCCAGUUAGUCGGUUCUGUCUCCCUUCUCCAACCCCACCUCCAAACGGUCACUAGGCUGAAUUUCCUGAAGUUCGCAUCUCACUGUUUUACCCCUGCUCAAGAAGCUUCGGUGACUCCCACUUGCCUUUCAUUUGGAAUAAAACUGCUCGAUUCUUAUCGAGCCGAUUCGUCGGC